AUGGAGGAAAACAUGGAUGAAUCACAAAGCCAGAAAGGUUGUAAGGAGUGCUGUGAGCGCUGCGUGGGCAGUCUGCCCUGGGCCUCCCUCAUCGCUACGGUCCUCCUCUACAUGGGCGUGGCCUUGUUUUGUGGGUGUGGCCACGAGGCUUUGAGCGGCACCGUCACCAUCCUUCAGAACUACUUUGAAGUCAUCAGAGCCCCGGGAGAAACACUGGAUGUGUUCACCAUUAUCGACAUCCUGAAGUACAUCAUCUAUGGCCUGGCAGCUGGAUUCUUUGUGUUUGGAGUGCUGUUGCUGGUGGAGGGCUUCUUCACCACCGGAGCCAUCAGGGAUCUCUAUGGAGAGUUCAAAAUCACUGCGUGUGGACGCUGCCUCACUGCAUUCCUCGUUUUCCUGGCCUACCUGUUCUUCCUGGUUUGGCUCGGAGUGACAGCAUUCACCAGCCUGCCGGUCUUUAUGUACUUCAAUGUUUGGUCCAUGUGUCAGAACACCAGCUUGGUGGAGGGAGCCAACCUCUGCCUGGACCUGCGUCAGUUUGGAGCGGUGGCCAUCUCUGAGGAGAGAAAGGUGUGUACAGGAUCUGAGAAGUUCUUCAAGAUGUGUGAAUCCAACGAGCUGGACUUGACCUUCCAUCUGUUCGUGUGCACACUGGCAGGAGCAGGAGCUGCUGUCAUCGCCAUGGUCCACUUCCUGAUGGCGCUGGCGGCAAACUGGGGCUACCUGAAGGACGCGAGCCGGAUGCAGAAGUACGAGGACAUCAAGUCCAAGGAGGAGCAGGAGCUGCACGACAUCCACUCCACACGCUCCAAAGAACGUCUCAAUGCCUACACAUAA